UAAGCGGGCGUGGGGGCGCCGCUAAGCCGACGGUAGCUGCAAAAGGUGAUGGUGGUGGAUUCCACCAGGUGGAAGCCAACUCGGUCCCGCAAUUGCUCAUGCUCGGAGUGGACGCAGAAAGAGGCGAACAGAUGUGUCGAAGUCGGCAAGAGGGAUGUUGGCGACCAUGACGAGUGGAGCGGCGCCUGGUUGCUUGGGGAUUGCUGCUGCCGCCGCCGCCGCCAGCCAGCGAGCGGCGGAGCUGUGCGGAGCGAGGCAGUUGCUGGGAGGAGCUUCGUGUGUUUUGUAGGUCACCCGCCGCCGAGUGGGACUGCGGCGGGCUCCUUGCCGGCUGCUCGCCAGGCAGGCUGAGCGAGGAGGCGCUCUCUUCCAUGGGGCUGAGCGACUGGCUGGAUGUCUGGUGCUGCUGCCGAGGGAGAUGCCUGGGGGAUGCGGCGCUUCCGGAGAAGGAGCCCCUCGUCAGUAAUAACAACCCCUAUGCUUCGUUUGGAGCAACACAGUCAUGGGAUGAAGAGAAGAACUUGUGGAGCGCCCCUCAUGACAUCUCCCACACAGAAGCAGACGAUGACCGGAUACUGUAUAAUUUAAUUGUGGUCAGAGAUAGACUGGACAAAGAUUCUGAGGAAUGGCAAAAACUGAAUUAUGACAUCUAUACUCUAAGGCAACUGCGAAGAGAAGUAAGGAACAGAUGGAAACUGAUUUUGGAAGAUUUGGGAUUUCAGAAAGAAGCAGAUACCCUGUUAUCAGUGACCAAACGAAGCAUUGUCAGUGACUCUCAGAACAUGAGCAAAGCCCGCGAAUUCCUCUUGAGGCUGUCUGAGGAGACAACUAUUUUCCCAACAAGCUGGGAGCUUUCCGAGAGAUAUCUCUUUGUUGUGGAUCGUCUCAUUGCCCUUGAUGCUGCUGAUGAAUUCUUUCGAAUUGCCAGUGUAACAUAUCCAAAAAGGAUGCAUGCGCUGAAAGAUGGAGACAAUCUGAAAGUGGCCCUGUGCAGUUCUCCUCUGUCAUAACACUGUUCUCCUUGCUUCCCCUCGAGCUGGACAUGGAUGUUUGUUUUUGGAGGAAUGGUAUGAAUUUUUCUUUUGCAAAAAAUGUGCAUAUCUUGGAAGUGCGGGACAAAUUCAUCACAUUGUUCAGCAUGUGGCAUGACGCAAGCGAUAACCUUGUCUCAGGCCUCUUACAGUGACAAUAAUCAGACUCUGCUGUGAACGUAGCUGGUGCUAGGCCUACAGUCACCAUGAAUAUAAAAAGCAAAUUUGUUCUGGCAGUAGCAGCAACCCUUUGUACAAAGCACUGCUUCUUGUAGGUGAAACUUGCCCCGCACCCAGAACUCAAUAUGAUAUUCUGUUGCUUGUUGUUCCUUUGUGCUGUUGUUUAAGUGGACUUCUAAUUGAGGUAAGAAGUUGACUUUUUUAAAAAAGCUGUCAUGUCAUCAAGUUCCUCUUCUCUUCGGAGAACACCAUGUGUUGUGCCAGCAAAACCCCUCAUGCUCAUCUAUGCAUUUGGAGAUUCUCCAUCUAGUAGAUGUGGAUGACUCCUACUUGUAUGCCAACUUGGACAGAAUGUUGUGGGGAUCAUCAAUGUGCAGGAAACUGAAAAUGACUUCCGAGUGGCAGAGGAGAGACUUAUUCUGUCUUACGUAGAAUUGUUAGCUGGCGAAGAAGCAGGAAUUCAACUUCUGUUCCUUUCAAGCUGAUAUUUUUGCCAACAGAGAUGUAAAAACCCACCAUGGUUAUUUCAUACUGAGCCUCCCCAUCCAAGUACAAGCCCAUUGCUCCACUGAAAGAUCACUGUGUAAGCAUCUAUUUUAAGAUGUAUUAGAAAGCAAAGUGUGCUGUAUGGGAAAAUGUGUAAUAAUUGUCCUAGAUCUUGUGAUAUGACUACUGUUUCCAGAUGCUUCUUGUGCUCCAGUUGAUAUUUUAAACCGUAUAAAGCUUUCAGUGUGCUGCUGAACGUGAACAUUCUGAUCUCCCUAAGGUUUGCUCAGACUGAGUAUUCAGUAAUUGAAAUGAAUGAAAUCUACUGGCACUUCUGUCUAUUUUUCAUGAUCUUAACCAUGUGAACAAAUGUGCUUACUUUACAGAAGCCUAUAUUGUCUUACAAAACCUAAUUAUACAAACAGUUUUAAUAUGACCUAAAUAUAAUAUCUUUUUGUUUUGGUAAUGAGCAAUAAUUUUAAACUACAGAUGCUGAUGGCUCAUCACUUCUGUUUUAAAGCAAAAAGCUGCUGCUCCCUCCAGAUGGUAUGUGGAUACAACGGCUAACAAAACAUCAAGAUAAAUAUUACAAGUGUUUAUACCAAUGAUAUGCAGCAAUUCAUAUGAUGUGUGUUUUGUCAGUUUUCCUAGAAAAAAAAAUCCCUUUAUGUAUGGAUGCUAUACAUUGAUAUCUUAAUUUAAUAAACAAAGAGGUUCUAUGUGA